AUGACCCCUGGCCUGCUGGACCCCAACCCCCUGAGAAUCCCUGGCCUCCUGGCCCUGAGGAGGUUAAAACCCCCAAAGCUUCUGGGCUUCAGUUUCCACGCGAGUCAAAUGACAGGGCUGGACUACAUGAAACCAGAGCGGGGCGCCACUGCUCAAGUCAUCAAGAUUGAGCUGGUGGAGAGUGGAGACGAGCAGCCACAGGAGACCCCUUCCCCAGAGGAACUGGAGCAGUUUGCCAAGGAGCUAAAGCGGAAGAGGAUCACUCUGGGUUAUACCCAGGCUGAUGUGGGCAUCACCUUGGGGGCUCUCUUUGGCAAGGUUUUUAGCCAGACCACCAUCUGUCGCUUUGAGGCACUACAGCUCAGCUUCAAGAACAUGUGUAAGCUCCGACCUCUGCUACAGAAGUGGCUAGAAGCUGCAGAUGACAAUGACCACCUUCAGGAGCUGUGCAAGGCUGAGACAGUCCUUCAACAAGCCAGAAAGAGGAAGCAUACAAGCAUUGAGAAUGGCGUUCGGGGAAACUUGGAAACCAUGUUUCUCCAGUGCCCCAAGCCCACACUUCAGCAGAUCAGCAAUAUUGCCGAGGAGCUGGGCCUUGAGAAAGAUGUUGUCCGGGUUUGGUUCUGUAACCGGCGUCAGAAGGGCAAACGCAGCAAUAGCAACUCACCCCGAGAAGAUUUCGAGGCAGCUGGCUCCUUCCCUGGUGGACCUAUGCCUUUCCCCCUAGCUCCAGGCCCUCCAUUCACUCAUCCCAGUUAUGCAGGCCCUCAUUUCACCACUCUCUAUUCCCCAGCUCCUUUCACAGAGGGGGAUGCAUUUUCUUCUCUUCCUGUUACCCCUCUGGGCUCUACCAUGCAUUCAAGCUGA